GAAAAUUGUGCACAAUAAGAAAUAUUUGUUUGUAGCAUUUUUGUUUCAUAUUGAGCCUCAAAUAGUUUGUUCGAAAAUGGACGUUGAGCGUGAUAGGGGUAGGUAUCAUAGUUCAGCCUCGGGUCUUACCGUGGUGGCUCACUUCUUUGGCAUACUAGCAACCAUUCUCAUGCUGGUGUGGCUGCUCCACUAUCGCGAGGGCCUCGACCUUGAUUCAGAUGACGCCCGUCGCGUCUUCAACGUUCAUCCUUUCCUCAUGUUCUUUGGGUUCAUAUUCAUGGCUGGUGAAGCUAUGAUGGCGUACAAGACUGUUAAAGCAGAGUGGCAAGUAAGGAAAUUUGUUCAUCUCUUCUUCCACUUGGUGGCUAUGGUGUUAGGGAUUGUGGGGUUGCAUGCUGCCUUCAAAUAUCACGAUCAAGUCGGCCUCACCGACAUGUAUAGCUUGCAUUCUUGGAUUGGUAUCGGCACCUUUACUCUCUUCUGCGCUCAGUGGUUGGUUGGACUCGCUGUCUUUUUGCCUCGGAGCUCCCCCUCGCAUUCAAAGGCAAUGAUCGCCCCGUGGCAUGUCAAUGGUGGCCAAGCUCUCCUCUUCAUGGCCAUCGCCACAGCCUUGACGGGGCUCAUGGAGAAAGCCACUCUCAUGAGGCUGCAACACCAAAACGAGGGGCGUCUCAUCAACUUUCUUGCCCUCUGCAUUCUGCUUUUCGGCAUCUCUGUCAAUUUUUCUGUCUCUCUUGCUCGUUAUGCAUGAGCCAUUUUUACUUUUAAAAAAAAAUCUUUUUCAUGAUUUGGUAUCAUGUGUAUUGGUGAUUUGUGAGUGAUUGUUUGUUGUAGGAAUGAUUGAUUUGUACUAUAUGGGAGUUUAAAUAUUGUAUUGUGCAAAUAAAUGAAAGGAAUAUUCAUAGAGUUGUUAAAAUAA